GCAUGCCACUGGACACAAAGAAAUAGCCCUCCGGUCAACGUCGCUUACAAAAGACAUGCCGACCUUAUUUUUUUUUUUACAGCGGCCAGGCAGGAUUUUCAUCGGUAUUUCUAGCCUCGUUUCCUUCCCCAGGUGAGAUGAGGGUGUGGCGAUCCUAGUGCAACCCGAUGCUCAUCCUGAAGCUUCCUGUAUGUUCACUCACAGAGGGCGGACAAACGUGUUAUAACCGAAAUCUUCUUAUUAUGGAUAUUUGUAAAACGUGCUAGAAUGGCCUAAGAAUCGGGAUUAAAAAUGGUGAAAUCGGGGGUAUGCUGCGCCAGCCUGGACGAUGACAAGGCCCUGAUGAAGAUGGGCCUGGGGCUGGUGCUGGUCGGCCAUGUGAACUUCCUGCUGGGGGCGCUAGUGCACGGCGCCGUGCUACGCCACAUCAGCCUGCACAAACAGGCGCGCCUCAUGGAGUACGCCAUCUCUAACGUCAUGGCCCUGGUGGCCGGACUGCUGGCCAUCACAGCUGGAAUCUCUGCCAUUGUGCUGUCCAAAAACAGGAAGAACAAGCCCCUGAAAUGGGCGCUGUUCAUCAUCAGCAUCAUCGGAGCGCUGCUGUCCCUGGCUGCCACAGUGGGCCUGAGUGUGUCCAUCGUGUUUGCCAUCAUUAACAAGGGCCGCAGCCUGCUGACACACUGCGACUUAAAGACCCCCAUCGGAGCCUUCAGCAUCACCAAUGAAUGCCCCUUCGAUCCUACCAGAGUCUAUGGCACGACCAUCAUCCUGUGGGUGCCUCUGAUCCUGAUGCUGGUGGUGGAGGUGGUGUUCUGCUCGCGCUGCUUCUGGGCCUGCAUCUCCUUCCUGCGACUCUCCUGCCCCUGGAGAAGGAGGAAGAAGAUCCUCCAUGCCAGGAGGGUGCACAUCCAGACCCCGGUGGACCUGGAGUCCAACUCAGGGCGGAGAUACCCAGAGGAUGAGCCUGCAGAGCAGCACGAGCUGAUGAGGUACAGCGCCGCUCCCUCACACGGGACAAUAUAAGCCACCAGGGGGCGCAGUGGAUUGCAUUUUAAAAGGAAGAACCUCCUAUGAUCCACAAUGCUUCUACUGGUCUUCAGAUGGACCAACAAGAUGUUGCUUGAGGAUGUCUUCAAGGAUGUCUUCAUUUCAAAGCUGGGAAUUGUGGGGUUAUUCAUACUAUGUUUUUCAAAGAUGUGUAGAUUCUAAUUUGUGUACUCAGGUGUAAGUUGUGAUGAAGUUGUCACACAUGAAUGAUAUUGAUAUUGUACACUAUUGUGUCUAUGUACAGUGUAGGCUACAACGGCAGUCAUUUUGCAGUGAUUUCUUGAACCUUGUUUCAGUCUUUAAAAUUUGUUUUAACAGUGAUCAAUUUAUAAAUGUAACACAGUAUGUGAAAUAGACAUAAAUGACAUUGGCUUUAAGACUUAUGUGAUAACAUAUUUGGUAAUGUGAUUUUAUGUUCUUAUGUUAUAUUGUUGUCAUGAAUACAGCUUACUAACUGCCAUUCUGAAUUUGUUUUGGUAAACAUGUCUUU